AUGAAAUAUUCAAAUUUCCAACAUCUACAAAAUCUCGUCUUUCAUCAAUUGUUCUUAACUCAAUUAAAAGAACUAAGACAACUACUUUCAAUCAAUACUGAAAAUAAAUCUAUUCAAAAUGAUUCAUUUACUGAUGUUGCUAUUGGAUGGUUUAUUCAAGCAGCGAACAAAAACAGUAAUCAAUUAUCUAAAAUUCAAGUAGAACUCCUUCGAAGCCAAUGGUUAAUGUUACUACUUCGUUGUGUUUAUUCCUAUGAACAUAUACGAUCAUUUUGUUCUACUAUUGAAUAUGUCGAAAAAUUGUUCCAUAUUUAUCGAACCAGUGAAAAUCUCAUUACAAUUGUACUUGUAUUAAAAAUUUUACGUCAAUUGAUUUUAUAUUUGCCUGACAAAUCUACACAAAAUACAUGUAAAACGAUAGUAAAGAAAUUUUUAGAAGAUAGUUUAUUGACGAUCGCUAAGGGAAUUCGUUCACAUCAAAUAAAAGUCGAAAUUAUCACCGAAUUGAUUUAUAUUUAUCGAACUAUUAUUUCAAAUAAAUCACCAUGGCAAAUGAUAGCAAUACAAAUGAUUUUUUAUAUUAUCACAACAGGUUUCAAAUCCUUUGAACUAAUCAAUACCGAUCAAAUCAACAAUCUUUUAGCAACACUCAGUAUCUUAAGUGGAUGUAUUCAUCCAUUUUGUUUAGGUGCUAUUGCACAAGUUUAUGUUGAUGAUCAAACAAAUAAUAAUGACAGACAAAUAGCAAUGAUUCUUGAGAUUGAUUCCAAUGCUCUUAAAAAUUCAACCACAACAAAAACAGAUGUCAAACCUUAUUUUCUUCAAUAUUAUGAAAUAAAUCAAACGAGUUGGGUAACCAAUGAUCAAUUACGAAUUGAACUUGAUGUUUUAUCACCAAAUCUGCUUGACCUACCAAUUACUGAUGAAACAAUUAAUACAUUAUUUGAUGCUCUGAUCUAUUCUAUUGAUAUCGAUCAAUCAACUAUAGAUUCUUUACUUAUUCUAGAAUUAAAACAUCGAUCAAUUGGCGUUUUAUAUAGAUUGUUGACAAGUAAAAAACUUCUGGAAAUAUUUAUGAAAAAUUCAUAUGCUUCAUUGAUUGCCAACCUAUCCACAUCAACUUUAUUUACAACACAUCAAUUAGAACCAACUGAUUUACGUCUUCUGAAUAAACGACAUUUAGAACAAUAUUGCUUAAGUUUAGAUCGAUGUGAAUAUUUAAAACAAAUCAUUGAUGAUACAAAAAUUUCUUGUCCAACGAAUUCUUUUGAACAGACGUGGAAAAAGUUUGCAUUAAAUUCAGAUCGAUUAGAUAUUCGCCAAUAUUUAAUAGAAUAUCGUCAAUGGCAACCAAUAGGACCAAAACAAGAUAUUGAUGAAUAUAAAUAUGGUCGACUUGGUGAUGAAGAUAUUCUAAUUGUACCAAUGCCUUCUGAGCUUACUGGUCAAUGGAUGAUCGAAGAAUGUGGUAUUAAUUAUCGAUUUCCUGGGAGGGAUGUCAUAAUAUCCAUAACUCGGGUAUCGAGAUUUUAUUCAUAG